UCCUCCCCCAGGCCUCAGACUCCGCCCCCGGCCCCCUCCCUUCACUAGUCCCUUCACUAGUCCCGCAGCUUGGCCACUCUUACGAUUCCUCCUCCCGCCGCACUCAGGCGCCACCUGGCCCUCCUCAGGCGCCACCUGGCCCUCGCCCGGGCGGGUAGACCACUCCGCCUCUUCCUCCACCGCUGGCCUCUUCCUCCAACCUGCAAGUUCAGAGCCGCCUCCUAAGCCCUCAGACGCUCUUCCAGACUCUGUCACCUUUGCCACGCCCUUCCCCAGCCCCCAGCUCCUCUCCCAGCCUUUAUGCUGCCCUCGGGCUUUGAUCCUCAGGCCCCCUUACAGCUGACCUUCUGUUGUGGACCACGCUUCCACCCCUAUCAAACCCUCCCAAGUCCCCUUCCCACCCGGCCAGUUCUGACUUUAUUGCUUUAUUGCCCCCAGAGGUGCGGUCCUUCACCUCCUUCUGCCCUCAUGAGACCCCCUAGCUGACCCCCGCCCGGGAACUGAGUCCACAGCCCACAGAUGCCCUCGCUGCCCUCACGCUUCCCAGUGGAACUGGGCUCCGUGCGGGAUCCAGAUGCCCAGGUGGGCCGUCUGCAUCGUCUGGCCGUGGCCGGGGGCCCAAGCUGGGGUCUGGCCAGGCUCCUGCGGAGAGUUGUCCAGGUGGAUGGUGAGAACUCUGCUGGGCAGACGGGGCUUUUCCUCUCAGCACUGUUGGGCCACAGCUCUGCCGUGCGGCUUCUCUUGGCCUUUGGCGCCAACCCCAACCACCGCUGCCGUGAUGGCAGCACACCAGUGCAUGCGGGCGCCUUCUCAGGCUGUGGCCUGGUGAUGCUGCACCUGCUGCAGGCAGGGGGUGACCUGCGCCUGCAUGACCAGCAGGGUCGCACACCACGAGACUGGGCUGAGCAGGGGGGUACCAAACCAAGCUGGGAGAUGCUGGAGCUGUUGCAACUGUGUCGUGCCCAUAUGUCAGCACUACUGCAUGGUGCUGACCUGGCACCUACUACUUCCCUGGGCCAACUGCAGGCCAGCUCCGGGAAUAGCAUGUGUGGCUCCCUGUCCUCUCUGUGGCUGGUACAGACAGACAGAACACUGAAGCCAGAGCAGAUUAGGAGAUCCCCUCAAAUCCCAGCUUUGGGGUUUGGCCAGCUGAGCAGCCUGCAGCCGCUGGGGCUGGUCACAGGCAUACCCCUGGUGGACCCCAAGGAGCUGCUACCAGCCCAGGGCGAACCUGACCGCACCUACGAGAGCACUUCCCAUACCCUCAUGGUCAACCUCCUGUGGAGGAGCCACCCUGUGGCUGUGCGGCGGCUGAAGGUCCCAGGAGCCCACCCUGAUGUGCUGCUGGCUGACCUUCAGCACUGCAGCACCCUGCACCACCCCAACCUGCUGCUGCUGAUGGCACUGAGCCCCUCGGUGGACCUGUCGGGGCUGUGCCUCCUCUUUGAGCCUGUGUGGCUGGGCUCCCUGCACGUGGUGCUGCACUCACAGAGACCAAGUGAGGAGGGUCCCCAAACCGUGCCAGGCUUGCUGCCCGGCCACCUGCUGCUGCAGGUGUUGGAGGCCCUGCUCUUCCUGCAGGCCCGCUGGCGGGCCCACGGUGGACUCACCUCCCAUGCCGUGCAGCUGGUGCGGCCAGGCCUGGCUAAGGUGGGCAACCUGGAGCAUGGGCGCCCACUGCAUCAAUGCCGGCUGCGACCCAGGCUACAGCAGGGCUACCCUUGGGGGAACCAAGGGCUGCCACCACCCCCUGAACUGUACCCAUGGCUGCCACUUGAGCUGAUCCACGGUGACAUGCCUGCCACCACCUCAGAUCUCUACAGUUUCUGCAUCCUGGCUCAGGAGGUUUUCACUGGAGAGCUGCCCUGGGCUGGGAGAGAGGGGCCUGAGGUGAAGGCUAAGCUGGAGGCAGGUGAGAGCCCAACUCUGGACCCCAUGGUACCAGCCCCCUACCAGGCCCUGGUUCAGGCUGGGCUGGGUCUAGGGCCUGCUGACCGCUGGGGAAGCUUGCAGAGUACUCGAUACCUGCUGCGGGAGGCCAUGGCCCAGGACUCAUCCCCUGAGGUUGGUUCCACAUUGGAGUGGACCACACUGUCCCCUCUACUGCAGGGUUCCCCACCAGAGAAACUGUUCUAUGAGGUAGCUUCCAGAGUCAAGACCAGACCCAGGCCUGUGCCAACAGGCCCCGUCCCAUCCCAGGCCCUGGAGACUCCUGAGGCCACAGGCCACAGUAGAGUGCAGAGGAGUACAACCUUGGACUCUGGCAGCAGCUUGACUCUCAGCAGCAGCCCCAGCUGCAGCCCUAGCCCCAGAGCCAGGGGCCACCUGCACUGCUGUCUGGAACCUAGCUCCAUAGGCCCUGCCCUGCCCUCCAGCUUCCAGGAAUCGGCCUCCCUGCUGGGGACCCAGAGCUCUGAGGAGCAGUUUGAGAGGAAGUUCUCAGUCAAGAUUCAAGCCCUGCAGGGGCUGCUGCAGCACCCAUACAGGGUUGCCCCGCUGGACCCCCGGCCCUGCCCGCUGGAGCUGCGAGACCCCCAGGGGCAGCUCAAGCCUUUUUCCCUGCAGGCACCUGGCACUGAACUGAUCGCAGAAGGGCUCUUCUCCAGCCUGCAGCAGAUGGACCUUCUGGAGGAGAUCAUGGCAGAGCUGCAGAGUGGAUGCCAACUGGAAGAAGAGCCCAGCCUCAGCCUCACCCCUGGCACAGAUUGCUAAGGCGCCAAUGUCCUCUCCCUGAGGAUAUCACCCCCCUGCAGCCUUCCAGUAGAGAAUGACACCCCCUCAAGUGCCUAGAGGAAAGAAAAUGAAGAUAAAGCAACCCCCAACCCUA